AUGAAAUACGCCGUCAUCCAAGUUGAUUUGAACAAUCAAUUUAGUCCCAUCUCACUCUGGCUACCGCCGUGCUACGUACUACGUACUACGUACAGUGCCUGCAGCGAAUACAACCUGUUAAUAGUUGCCAUAUAUACACAGUGGCAGCCUCGGAUACUUGUCGAAGAUUGCUCAGCAAUACGGGACCUCAGCUGCCCAGAGCAGUUCAACAUGGGGGGCUGGACGGGCUGCGAUGGCCUGGAGCAAGGGGAUCUCCUCUGUGUUAGCGCCGGCGACCCUCCAAUGCCUGCUGCCCUGCCACGGGCCACGGGUGGUCCUCAGGCUCCUGGGGCUGCCCGCCCGAGCAACUAUGUGUCUCUUGUAUUCAUUGAACGCAUGUCAAGCAGAUCAGCAGAUCAUCGUGUUAGCAGAGUUAUCAGAUAUCUCAAGUCUACCAUAACUAGCGGGCUCUAG